CCCGACACCCUCGUCCCCGACAACCGCGAUGGCCCCCACCAAGAAGUCCAAGGCAGCAAAGUCCUCCGAGUCCAUCGCGUCUCGCCUGGCCCUCGUCGUCAAGUCGGGCAAGUACUCCCUCGGCUACAAGUCUGCCCUCAAGCAGAUGCGCAACGGCAAAGCCAAGCUUGUGCUUAUUGCCGGCAACUGCCCCCCUCUCCGCAAGUCCGAGCUUGAGUACUACGCCAUGCUCUCCAAGACGUCCGUGCACCACUUCGCGGGCACCAACGUCGCGCUCGGAACCGCUGCCGGCAAGCUCUUCCGUGUCGGUGUCAUGACCGUCAGCGACCCUGGUGACAGCGACCUCCUCACCGUCGCGGAGGCUGCCGCCCAGUAAAAAUAUCAUACCGCACACCAUCAUGUAUUGGAUCUCGCUCGGGCACCCAUCCCGCCAGGCGUUGUAUGAUUUAUGAGCUUGCCAUGAC